GACGCUGAUGGAAUUCACAGGGGGAAUUUCCGGCAUGAAAUUGGGCUUCACUGUGAAUCUGCCAGCUUCUGUAAAUUUGCAGUCACGGCGCAACAAAACCGCACGCUCGGCACCACCAUCCCUCCAUUUCCAAUUCUUCGCGUUGCCUAUACUUUAUCAUCGCCAUUAUGUUUGGAUGCAUCGUCGCUGGACGCUUGGUGCAAACGAAUUUGCAACAAGUUGAUGUCAAUAAAUGGGUAUUUGAACUCCCCGAUGCGAACAACAUAAAUCAUAUUACUGUCUUCUUGCUCGGUACGAUACCUUUUGAUGCAGGCUAUGGUGCCACUGUGCAUAUCCUCUGGCCAAAUAAAGACUGGAAGCUGCUUGGCUGUUUAACGAAUGAGAAACCAAGCUCUAUAUUCCGCGUAAAGCAUAUGGGCAAUAAUGGAAACGCCAAUAACGCUCAACCAGCGGACCAACAACCCAUGAUAUCAGCAACAUUGGGCAUCUCCAUCGAACCUUUGCAUGUCAUUCAGAGCCAAUUGGCCUCCCUACCACCCAGCGGCGACGCCAAUCAAUCCACCGCACUGAUCAAACCUGGGGUGAGCAAUCUCUCGGAGGCUGGAUUCAUUGCCUCCAGAAUUCUUGAACAUCUCUAUAAUUAUGUGACAUCUUUCGCCACUAAUAACUUGCCUAUGGGCGCCAUCCCCCUCUCGUCGGUGGCCGACAAUGGUUAUUUGCCCAUGAAAGCCUUCCAGACUUGACAGCUGAGCCUUUGGGUAGGAAAUAGAUGUGUACAUUUUGCUAUUAGCGCCUUAAUCUAUUUUCCGUCCACGAUGAUAGCAGGAACACAUCUGCUAGCGGGCAGAAUUGGUCAUUUAAGCUAUAUUAAGCGAACUUUUCCU